AUGGGAAGUAUUCUCAAGCGUAGCGAGAACGUGUAUUCAGCCGGCGAGUACGAAGUGCACGAAGAGCUCGCGCUAGCGCGCUCCGUGAAGGUCGAGCGCCUCCGCCACUCUCCGCGCGCGAGCCAGCCGUGUCCCGUGACGUCACACCGCGAGCCGAGCCCCGCCAGCAGUGUGCAUGAUUUGACGUCACACCGCAAGCCGAGCCCCGCCAGCAGUGUGCAGGACGACGUGACGUCACACCGCAAGCCCAGCCCCGCCAGCAGUGUGCAGGACGUGACGUCACACCGCGAGCCGAGCCCCGCCAGCAGUGUGCAGGACGUGCCCGUUCACACACCCGCCGAGCAACAAGCUCAAACACACGAUACUCGCCCUACACACACCACACACAACUCUAGUUUAAUCACACAUCAACAACACCAUUGCGACAUGUGUAGUCAGCAAUUUACGUCUAAACUUACUUUAAUCCGACAUAUCAGAACACAUACGCACCCGGAACAUACAUGCGGAGUUUGUAAUGAAGCAUUUCGAAAUAGCGCAUUACUGAAUAAGCAUUUAAGAUUGCACUCAGCAGAGAGACCGUACGUGUGUGGAGACUGCAAUAAGCGUUUUACAACAAAAACCAAUUUGUAUAUACAUAGAAGAACCCACACUGGAGAGAAACCAUAUAUAUGUAAAGAAUGUAACAAGCAAUUCGGACGAAAACAGAUUUUAGUUAGACAUAGAAGAACUCACAGUGGAGUGAAACCAUAUAAAUGUAUAGAAUGCAACAAGAAAUAUGCAGAUAAGGAAACAUUAGAUAAACAUAUAAGAAACAAUCACACUGGAAGUGAAACGACACAAUACAAAAUACAAUAUAAAUGUAAAAAAUGUAAUGAGCAAUUUACAUGUCGAGAGAAUUUAAAAAUGCACCGGAGAGUUCAUGUUGAAGAGAGAUGUGUCUGUGACCAAUGUAAUAAGCAAUUUACAAAGAAGAAAAAUUUAAUUAGACAUAUAAAAGUUCAUGCUCCAGAAAAACCAGAAAAACGAUACGUGUGUGAAGCAUGUACCAAGAAGUUUAUCCGUAAAGGUCAUUUAGAAAGACAUUAUAUAGUGACCCAUACUGGACGGAAAGCAUUUAGAUGUAAGGUGUGCAACAAGCAAUUUGCACUUAAACACCAAUUAGAUCAACAUGAAAGACUCCAUACUGAUGUCAAACCAUACAAAUGUAAAAAAUGUGACAGAGCAUUCAAACUAAAACAGUAUUUAGCUCACCAUGAACGAAUCCAUAGUGACGUGAAACCAUACAAGUGUAAUGAAUGUGAUAAGGCAUAUACACAAAAACGUAGUUUAAGUGAUCAUGUUAAAAUUAAACAUGGCAAUAUAAAAGACAACAAAAAGGUAACUUCGUUGCUUAUGAAAGACACGCCGAUGGACGACAAACCAGAUAUAAUUAAUGUAACCAGCAAUUGAGUCAAAAAUAUAUAAAAACACAUACCUAAGAAGUCCCAUCGGAGGAAAGCCACACCGCUGUGAAGGAUGUAAAAACCGAGAGAGAUGCUGCUUUUUAACAGAGUAUUUUAUUCGGAUUCAGGUGACAGAAUUUCAUUAAUUAACUUCAACACAGAAACAUAACUCAUACAACAUCAUGUAAAAUGUAUCGAAAUCAAUUUGGCCAAUUGAGAGAAGCGAUUUAUCUUAAACUUAAUGCAAUUUAAGGGUAUUUUAUUUGUUAUGCUUGCUAAUGUAAAGUGUGGUGUUCUGCGCAUUUAGACUGUAUAUUUAGUAUACCGACAAGCGUUGGACCAUAUUAGUAUUACUGAGUAAGUGACUAGGGGAUAUUACUGCAAAGUUCUACCGCGAGAGUGCAGCACUACCAACUCUAGUAAAUUCAUAGACUAACUUAUACAUACUGUGGCUUAAACUGUUUUUUGACAAGUUUUCACAGACACUAAAAUAUGACAUUGAUGCAUCAAGGCGGUUUGUUAACAAGGGCUUACCGGUAAACGCGAAAAUCGAGAUUUAGUUAUCCGCCUCUUUAUCGCUCGAAUAUGCAAGAGUGAUAGAGAGACAGAAACCGAACUUUCGAUUGUCGUGUUUCACGGUAGGCCAUGAAAUUGACGUAGUGACGCAUGAUGCGUCAUUGAUGUUUGUUUACUGUAUGUGCUAGUUGUGCCACCUACGCAGAGCUUUGCAUAACAUUCCCUAUUCAAGC